GAUAUAUUGUUUGGAGAAGUCACAGGUUCCAGUGACGAAGAAGUUGACUACAAUUCUUCUGCAGUGGAAGAUAUUUUACAAGAAGACGAAGUUCAGCCUCAGAGUUGCAAUGUAUUCAGCGUCAGUGAGGAGUGUGACAGACAGAGCAAAUCAUGCGAGCAUGGUCUUGAUGCAGGAAGCUCCUGUAACCUGAGUUGGAAUGAAAAGAAUGUUCAUAUUGGUCCAAAGAUGUCAAGCAAUGAGGAUAGAGGUGCUGAAACAAAGCAAGCUGAAGCUGCUACUUCAAUUACAAACAUGGAAACUAACAAAGAUUGUUUGGAGGAGAGUUCUGAGAAUAAGGAAACUGAGAAGAGAGAACUAACUGAAGCAACAGCACAUGAAUUGGAAGCCAUCGCAAAACAGAAAGGAGAUAGUGAGGACACGCACAGUGAAGAGCGAGGUUCUUCAGCUGAUUUUAUAUUACACAGUUUUAAACCUCAGAAUCAGAUGGAGAAAUGUAGAGAGUUAGAGCAAACAGAGAAUGUAAUCUUAAUCAGAGCUGUUGAUCUUGAGGGUACGCAUGAAAAGCAUGGCGAAUUAGUGAAAGCAGAAAGAGUUGGAUUAUCAGGAGAGAGAGAAACUCCCAGAGCAGUAUCUGUUUCCCCAAAUGUUGCUCAUUUGCCACCUGAGCAAUGCAUUGUGGUUCAAAGUGAAGAUUCUGAGGAGAAAUCUGAUGUGUUGGUACAGAAUGAGGUGGGUGAAAAUGAAUCAAAAAAUUUAAUCCAAGUAACUAAUAUGGCAAGAGAUGUAGAGGAAAGCAUAAAACAAGUGAAAACUGGAGAGGAAAUAACAGCUGCAAAGCAGAUGAAGGGACUCCGUGCAGAGGCAAAUAAUGAGAUAGAGCUCUCUGAAAAUGUAUUAUCUAAUUUCAGUAGUUCAAAAUCCUUCUGUGAAGUGGAGUGUCCUAAAGACCUAAUGAUACAGGGUGAUAGGGAAGGAAUAAUUAGAGAGACUGAGGCAGACACUGGAGCUGUUGAGAUCUCUGCACACUCUCAGUGCUCUGAAGUAGAACAUUACAGCACAGAGAUACUGGAGAAGCAACGUGUGCAAACAGUAAAAGAUGAAAUGGACAGAGAAUGCAAACCAGAGACUGUUGAAUUCUCUAGACAUUACCUACCUGUGUCUGCUGUUGAAGGAACCAGAAAUUCAUUGUCUAUGGGUGACAUAGACAAAAAUGUAGGUAUGGAGAGGACAGCUUUGUCAGCCUUUCCAAAAGAUGAUGAACAGCUCAAAAUUGAAGACAUAACCAGACCAGAGACUAUUGAGCUAGCCAUGAAAUUUAACAGAGAAAGUGUUGUAGAAAUAGUUGGAUUGUCAGCGUUACUCCAUAGUGCAGAAAAUGGAAAAUUAGUAGAUAGAAAGGAGGAGGGAUAUUUAAAAGGCAAACCACACCACGAAGAAAAUGGUAGUAAUUUAUCGCAAGGGAAGUCAGACUUGCAAAGUAUGCUUGCACUACCAAAGACAGCCUGCAUUAUUGAUGCAGAAAGCAACGUAGCUAAGUGUGAAUCUUCUGUGUUAGAUUUUGCAGAAAUAAACCAACCUGAAAACCUGUGUAGUACACUAGAACACGAGUUGUCCAAAACUCAAAACUUUAGAGUGUUUAAAUCUCAAGAGACUGAAUUGAAAGUUAAUCCAGAAGAUUUUGGAGAGGAAAGCAGUGAGCUGUUAGAAAGAGUGGAUACCAUUGAAUCUGCCUCAGUAGAAAGUAAUCUUAUUUCUCAGGCACAGUUUGCAAAACCUCUGAAUCAGUUCUUGGUAACUGAAAAUGUUAAAUGUGAUGAAAUAAAAGGGGAAUUAAAUAAACAAAGCAAGGAAUUGCUGGCUGAGACAUGUUCCAGUUCAUUUAACUGGGAAGAGAAUGUUGUGAAGAAAAACAAUAUAUCAGAGAUUAUCUGCCAGCCUACUUCAGAAAUGGAUUUUAAUAGUGGCUUGGCUUUGUCUACUCAAGGGGACUUGGAGAUGGGCUGUAUAAAUACUGAAGACAGAGAUUCUCCUGUGCAAGUGGGAAUUGGUUUGGAGUCCACAAUGCCUCCCGAUCUAAAUUUCAGUCUUCAGAAAGUUGUCAGUUUUGUUGAAACUAAUUUCACAGAAAAGGCUACUUUUUCCCAUACAUGGGAAAACAAAGAAGAUGAAAAUUGUGUUACAGGUAGUGCGUAUAACUGUUCUUCAGAAAGCUUGAAAGAGGGUGCUGAGAUCCUAUCUGUUGAAAAAGACAACAUAUGCAAAGAACUGAACUGCCCUGAGAGGGAGUAUGUACACAAAAAUGAAGUGAAAAUUCCAGAUGAGGAGGAGCAGCCAGUAGAUAAAGAACCUCAGGCAUCUAUUCAAUCACAGAUCCUGGGUGCAAACUCUUAUAAGAAGAACACUUUUUUUCUCCAGAAGUUUGAUUCUCAAGAAUCAGGAUGCAGGACUUCUAUGUGGGAGGUUAGAACAAGUCCUUCUAGAACUGGUUCACUAACUGCUGGGGGAGAAAGCAAAGAAUUGAAUAGUUUUGAGGCAUCUGAGAAAAAUGCCAUAAAAACAUCUGAAAAUGAUUUUAAUAUGCCAGAGCAGAGCACUGAAUCUGAAGAGAAAGACUGUUCUAUACAAGAAGUUAGAGAUGUGAAAUGUUCUGAAUGUCUUCCCAUGUUUAGAAAGGAACUGAGAGCUUCCAGGAAAAUUGCAGUGGAUGCUCUGGAAACUGGUGCAAUUGUUGAUGCUGAUUACCAAGUAUGUGAACUUCAUUCAACCAUGCACCCAGGAAAUACUUCGACAGUUAGUCAUCUAAAAGGAGACACUAUGGUGGAUAUGGAUACACACUGUGAAACAAAUACUCCUCCAGAUACUGCAAAUGAGUUGUCAAGUGUGGCUGGGGAGUGUUGUACUGAAGACUCAGGCUCUUGGAAAAGAGAGUGUAUGUUAGUAACCUCUGAAAAUACUGAGGGUGCUAAUGAAUGUAUGGUAGAUUCUAACAGAGCUGGAUGCAUCAGUGACAGUGAGGAAAGUCUGUUAACUGGAACAUCAAAAGAAAGCCCUGUGAUACCAAAUGCUUCAAAAAAUAGAUUGAUGUUAACCAGAUUCUCAGAAACUUGCAGACUGGCUGUAAAAAACAGUGAAUUAAAUACAAGAAUGUUAGCACUUGGAAAUUCCUUAGAAGAAAAUGAUUCUGGAAAACUUCAGUCAAAUGUGGAGAAAAGUCUAUAUGGUGUUGAUAUGAGAGUCUCAGUGUUUGAAGGAUAUAAUCAUAAUCAAACUUGCACUGCUUCCAACAUAGGAGAAAACAACACUGGUGUUAUCCUAGAUGGUAGCAGUAGAAAAAAAAAAAUUGUCAAGUAUCUUCGAAAUCCAGCCCUAUGUAAUGUACAGUGCAGUUGUCAGACUGUUGGGCAGCCUUCUGAGCCACAAAACCCAGUAUUUGAGAAGCUAUGUAUGUUAGAGUCAGAGUCUUGUGUGGAUGUUGCUCUCAAGAAGAGCAACAAAUUGGAGUGCAAAGAGCGAGAACAAUCUGAAACCUUGACCCUUUCAACCAAGACAGCUGCCCAAGUAAUGCAUGCCAAGCUAUCAAAGAGGCUGUUUCAAGGUAAAAGAAAAACAAAGACUCUCAAAGUUAAACAAACUCAGCCAGUUCUUGCCAAUGCUGAUACUUCUAUGCCAACACAGUGCUCAUCUGAGACUAUAAAUAAAAUUAGGCAAGAGAUGGGUCCUCCUCUGCCCCCCUUGCUACUGCCUUUGAUUGCUACUCCUCCGAAAGCUGCAUAUACCAUGUCCCCAGUAAUGUCUUCUACGGGUCGAUCCUCUUUGCUUUCCCCUCUUGAUGACCUGAUAUCCCCACUACAUGAAACUCCUGUUCCUCCUCUCAUGUCUCCAUUAACAGAUACUCCAACAGCUAAAUCUGCUCUUUUAUUUUCUCCUCCCUCACCCUCAGAAAUGGCAGUAGGUAGAAAGAUUCGCUCCUCACCUUUGAAAUUUUGUACUUCCAUUCCAAAGCACGCACUUCCCGUCCCAGGAAGACUUCCCCUGUUUGCAGCUGAUAGUGUUGCUCCAGGUGCUCCUCAGGAGAACUCUGUGAAAAUAUUGGACACUAUGUAUCCAGAGCUGUCUGCAAGGGCAAGGACACUAAACAUUCUGAAAGGCAAUAUUCAGCUUAACCGAUGUGCUUUUUCAGACAGCCAAAGUUUGCCAGGACCCGUGGCUCAAAUAGGUGGGUUCAAAGCAAUUGCAUCUACUUCAACUGCUUUUGUUAAAACUGGGAACAAUUUGAAAUCUGAUAGCAGCAAAGAUGAAGACAAAGAGGUGCAAAAUCAGCAAUUGUUUUCAAACUCAUCAAAUCAUCUUGAAAAACGGACACUAUUGCCAAUAUCUAUGCCAAGAAGUGCAAAGAGACUGAGGUUGGACAGUGAACCACCAAAGCUGGAGCUUAAUGAUAUUGCUGCUAUUGGCAAUACUGAAGACACAGUCUCUGAAAUGCAGGAGACUUUCCAUGACAAAGGCUGUGAAAUCAGUGAUUCCAUACACAGUUCCAGUUUAGAAGCAUCACUACCAGUAAAGAAUGUUAUUGAUCCUGACUGCCAGAAAGUUUCUUUGGCAUUGAAGAAAAUUGCUGAAUCCUGUUUUGACUUACUACCAGUUAUUAAAGGUCACAUAUAUGUUGGCAAUAUCUCAAAGAUUCCAAUAAUGAGAGAUGAAGAGAAAGAAGUUGUCUAUGAAUUUGGUAUAAAAAACAAGCAUUUAGCAGAGUCCUUGCUGCAUGUAAUUCUCAAUAAACUCAAGGCUCAGAAGAAUGCCAUGAAUUACAAUUUCAGUCAGGCUCUAUGUAGAGUCUAUACAGGAACUUGUCGACAAUUGGGAGAUUUGGAAAGAGCCCGCCUUUUCUGCUACAGCCUACUUAAAGAAGACUUUCCAGACUCAGAAAAAUUGAUUUUAUUUAUCACAAAUGUAUGGCCUGACAUAUUUGUCUUCCAAGGUGCAAUUAACAAAGCUAUGCAAUUAGUUGUUAGGCAAGGUGCAAGCAGUGAGAUGCUGGCCUGUUUGAAUGCUUAUCUCAACUGGGAACAGAGUUCCUCUUUAGAUGCUGGUAUUAUGGUCUCAAACCUGCUUUUAGAAAUGCAGACAUGUCCAAAAGUAGAAUUGCAACUGAGUGAGCAAUAUGGAGAAGAUCUGAGUGAAGAUGCUUGGCAGUACAUAUUUGCUGUGGAUCUACUCUGCUCUCACCUGAAGUGGGACUGGACACAUGACAAUGUUAUAAGCAAAGUGCUUUGGCCUUCUAUGGAUAAAUGGGUAAAGAAGAGAAAGGGGCAUGAAACUGCUCAAUCUAUUCCUGAUAGUGUUAUAGCAUUGACACUCAGGCUAAUUGGUCGAUUGGGCCAAAUAGGUUUGAAGGAAGGGUAUCUUGCUGCAGUGAAGAAUAUUAGUUCUGUAAUUGGACUGUUUGUACAACAUGCAAAAGAGGAAGGUGUUCCCUGGGGUGUGCAGCUGGCAGCCAUAUAUUCGCUGUGUGACUUGGGUUCAAGCAAUCCAGAAGGUAUUGUUGAGGCUAUCCAUGCCUGGAGAGCAACAGUUCUUAACAACAUCCCUCUUGCUGUCACAAGUGGCAUAGCUGAAAUGACUUCUCUGUGUAAAAUGGAGCUAAACUAAAAUCUGGGGAAGUGGACUGAUGUAAAAGAAGUGCCUUAUUUUACUAAGCAGUAGUUGGUUCCAGUUAAAAACAAUACAAAGUGGUGUGUCCUGUUUUAUUUUUUUAACAGAAUGUCUGAUCACACAAAGCAAGCUCAAGUAUUUUAUUUGGCUUUUCUGUUUGGGGG